AAACUUGAUUGUAUCUUGCAAUGUGAAUGAAAACUGUUGUAAAUCGCCUGGUGAUAUGGUCUCCAUCCUCCGCUCUCAACAGCCCUUGAAGGCAGCUUCACGGACCUUGACCUCACACAGCCGGCCGAUAUGCCGGAGCUGUUCUCGGAGGUCAACACCCAUUGACCAGCGCCGGACAAUCAGCAGCUAUGGCUACGAGCAAGCCAAAGCUCUCGUCUACUCAAAGUAUGGAGAGCCCCAAGAUGUCCUGUCACUGCACGGCCACUCAAUAUCUCCUGCCGCCGGAACGAACGUAGUUCUGCGCAUGCUCGUCGCUCCGAUCAAUCCCGCAGACGUCAACCAGAUCCAGGGUGUCUACCCGUCGAAGCCGGAGAUGAACACAGCUCUCGGCACCUCAGAACCCGCUGCAGUUGCGGGCAACGAAGGAGUCGCAGAAGUCAUCAGCACUGGUUCUGGGGUCAAAACUUUGAGCAAAGGCGAUUGGGUGAUUAUGAAGAGCACGGGUAUGGGAACAUGGCGAACACACAUGGCUAUUGACGAGAGCAAGCUACUGAAGAUUGACGAUAAAGAAGGCUUGACUCCAUUGCAAGUCGGGACAGUGUCAGUCAACCCGUGCACUGCAUACCGCAUGCUGCUGGACUCUGCCAAGUGGGGGUUCCGAGGAGACGAAUGGUUCAUCCAGAAUGGGGCCAACAGUGGUGUCGGGCGAGCUGCCAUACAACUCGGCAAGGAGUGGGGCUUCAAGAGUAUCAACGUGAUCCGGGGUCGGGAGGACAAAGAGGAGGAGCAGAAACUGAAGCAGGAUCUGUACGACAUUGGUGCGACGAAAGUCAUUACGGAAGAAGAGCUUAUGAGCAGAGAAAUCCGGGACCAGAUCAAGGAAUGGACCCACGGAGGCCGAGAACAGAUCAAGGUCGGGCUGAACUGCGUGGGAGGAAAGCCAGCUACAGCACUAGCCAAGUUUUUGAGCCCGGAAGCAACGAUGGUCACGUAUGGUGCCAUGAGCAAACAGCCUCUCAUGCUACCCGCGUCGUUGUUGAUUUUCAAGGAGAUCAGUUUCACCGGUUUCUGGGUGAGUAAAUGGAGCGACAGACAUCCCGACCAGAAGAAGCAGACUGUCGAUGAUGUGCUUCGGCUCACGCGGGAGGGAAAAUUUAAGGAUAUACCGGUUCAAGAGUGCAAAUGGGGCUGGAAGACGGAGCUUGACACGCUCAGGUCGGCUGUGCAGGGGACAUUAGGCGGCUUCAGGCCUGGGAAGGGAGUCUUUGUGUUCGAAAAGACAUAGGAUGACCAUCCUUGAAAAGCGCCAAGGCGAACCUCAGGGUCAUAGCGAACUUCGCCGACGAAUAUGUAAAGCCAGAAUAAUGACUCGAAUUGUCUUGCUUGCCCAAUGUGGUGGAAAUGGCACAAAUUAACCAGACCUCAUCUCCAGUUGCGCUUCCGGUGUGCACAAACGACGAGCAGUUCUAGCGGCCGGAAUUUGUUAUCUACACACCACAAACAAGUAAAUGGCAGUUCCCUGAGAUAUGGUCUCUCUGAACUCGUAUUCACGAGGCUGCAUCGACUCUGGCCAAUCACAACAGGGUGUCUCCC